GCGAACGUUCAUAACAUUGCGAAUCGGCAAACAUGGCGAACGACGAGCUUGUGGCAGCUAUUACUUUCGGGUUGACAUAUUUUUAUUUUAAAUUAAAGCAAGAGAGAGAAAAAAGAAGAAAGCAAAGACGAUGGUGGAUGAUUAAAAUACAUAGAAAUCGUACAAGACAAUUUAUAGAAAAAAAAUUUAAUGAGCUUCUUUACGAACCAUCAGGGGAGUUUCAUAACUUCUGCCGCAUGAGUUUCACAGAUUUUGAGUAUUUGCUAGACAAAAUUUCUCCUCUGAUAUCGAAACAAGAUACGGACUUCAGGGAAGCUAUACCAGCGAAAUAUCGUCUAGCAAUAACACUAAGAUUUAUCGCAAGUGGUGACAGUUAUAAAAGUUUACACUAUUUAUUCAAAGUGUCUCCCCAAGCAAUACCAAAAAUUAUACCUGAAGUCUGCAAAGCAAUUAAUGAUGUUCUAAGAAAUGAAAUAAAGAUGCCAUCAACGGCUGAUGCUUGGAUGAAUAUAGAAAGAGGGUUUAGAAGAAAAUUUCCACACUGUCUUGGUUCCAUAGACAGCAAGCAUAUUAAUAUAGAAAGUCCACCUCAUAGCGGAACUGAAUAUUUAAAUUAUAAGAAAACGUUCAGCAUCGUUCUAUUGGCAUUAGUUGAUGCCCACUACAAAUUUAUAUUUGUUGACAUAGGAUGCCAAGGGAGGAUUAGCGAUGGCGUCUUUAAUAAUUCAUUACUGUGGAAAAAAAUCUGUAAAAAUGAAAUUGAUUUUCCUAUACCAUGCCCACUUCCUGGAUCGGACGUUAACGUUCCAUACGUUUUCAUAGGAGAUGGUGCUUUUGCAUUGAGCAUGCAUGUUAUGAAACCCUACCCAGGACAGCAUAACAUCGGUUCACCAAAAAGAAUAUUCAAUCAAUGUUUAUCUAGAGCUCGGGUAGUAGUCGAAAACACAUUUGGAGUUUUUGCUUCAGUGUUUCGUAUUUACCGUCGUCCAAUUUAUUUAGACCCCAUUUCUGUAUCAGAAAUAACAAUGACCUGUGUACUACUACAUAACUUCCUUCGAAAAAACUCCCCAGAGAUAUACCCCCCCAGGAACGUUUGAUACGAUUGACAGAAAUGGUGAAAUAAUAACACGUGGAUCUUGGCGAAAAUACGAAGAGGAAUAUAAUGCAAUUCAGAACAUGCCAAAUGUACCCCGUAGGUCACCUAUGCAUGCCAAACAGAU